UUACUAUUUUUCUUCUGCAUGGUUUGCGAUCGUGUGCUCACGCGUAACAAAAGUACGCUUGAAUUUGGUUAAUCCAUGUUUUCUGUUGCAUUUUUGUUUCUUGCUACAAAUGUUUUAAAACAAGUUCACUUAAGCGAUCAUCUGCACACGAGUGAUAAAAGUACACUUGAACUAGAUUAACUCUUGAGUUUCUAUUGCAUUUUUGUUUCUUGCUAUAAAUAUUUAGAGAAAAAUUUUCACUUAAGCGAUUAUGGGCAUACGUGUGAUAAAAGUACGCUUGAAUUAGGUUAACACUUGAAUUUCCGUUGCAUUUUUGUUUCUUGCUGCAAAUGUUUCGAAACAAGUUCACUUUUAAGGAGAAAAAAAAAUUCUACAUUUAUGCAGGAGUAAUAAGUUUCAAGUUCAGAAUCUCUUGACUAUAAAAUUUUUCUUACCAAUUUAAUGAGUAAAGGAAAUAAUUAUUCAUGUUUUGUAGCCCACGAUAUUCUUUCAACCCAUUAAACUUUCCAAUAAUAAUAAUAAUAAUAAUAAAUCUCUCUUUACCUACCUACUCUAAACUCUUCCAAAAAAAAGAAAAAAACAACUAAACUCUUCUCCUUACCUACUCUAAUAGGAAUUAAUAUCAUAAAUGCCAAAUCUUUUUAUUGUAUUUAAGCCAUAGGAGAGAUAACAAGAGCAGCAGAGUGAUCACACAGCUGAGACAUGGCCAUUUCAAGGUCAAAUCUUCAAUUAUUUCUUUUCGUAUUAACUUGCAGCAUAGAUAAUGUAUUGUCUUUAGAGAAUCAUACCGCCUUGUUCUUCUUUGGAGAUUCAAUAUUCGAUGUUGGAAGCAACAACUACCUCAAAAAUGGAAUCAAGGCCAACUUUUUUCCAUUUGGAGAAACAUUCUUCAAGUAUCCAACCGGAAGAUUUUGUGAUGGUCGAAUUAUUCCAGAUUUUAUUGCUGAGUACGCAAAAUUACCAUUCAUUCCACCGUAUUACUACUGUGAGCCCACCAAUUUUCAAAUGUUGAUGAAUGGAGUGAACUUUGCAUCAUCAGGAUCUGGUGCUCUAGUUGAAACUCGUCGAGGCCGCGCAAUGGACCUUAAAACUCAGCUUAAUGAUUUCAAAAAAAUGAAGGAGCAGCUAAGGCAGAAAUUGGGUGAUGAAGAGACCAACACAUUAAUUUCCAACGCAGUUUUCUCAUUUAGCGUUGGAACCAACGAUUAUAUAGCAGCAGCUUUUCCUCAAUCCUUCGUCUCCAGAGACGAAGAGCUUGUAGAGAUAGUUAUCGGCAACAUAACAGAUGUUAUCAAGGAAAUAUAUAAGGAAGGAGGAAGGAAAUUUGCAUAUGUAAACGUCGGGCCAUUUGAUUGUGCUCCACCCGCAAGAGCAAGAAGUCCAGACGGUGGUUGCUUGGAACAACUCACAGCUGCAUUUAAACUACACAAUCAAAAAAUUCCUACAGUUCUCCAAGAUCUACAGAGUGAGCUACAUGGGUUUAAAUAUGCAAAUUUUGAUUUCAACAAGGCAUUCAGCGAAAGAAUUAACAACCCCUCACAAUAUGGUUUCAAGGAAGGAAAAGCUGCAUGUUGCGAGGACAGACCUUACAGAGGAUUGGGAAAUUGUGGAAAAAAUAAUGGAACGAUAAGAUUCUACGAAUUAUGCGAUAAUCCGAAUGAAUAUGUGUUCUUCGACGUCCAUCCUACGGAGAAGGCCAACGAGCAAUUUGGGGAGUUGAUUUGGAACGGAGGCGUUGAUUACAUUAGCCCUAUAAAUUUUAAAAAACUAUUUGAGGCAUAGAUUAUAUUGCUGUGUUUUAUCAUAUCAAUCAGUGAAAUAUAAGUUAUAAAUUAUCCUAAAUUAGAUUUUAGGACAAUUAUAUUGU